AGUGGUGUAGUCCAGGCUGGAACGCACGGCUGUACCCAUGGCUCCUGUAGGGGAAACGUUAAACUUUAACGUGGGUGUUUUGGGCCACAUUGACAGCGGGAAGACGUCCCUGGCCAAGGCGCUGAGCACCACAGCUUCCACCGCGGCCUUUGAUAAGAAUCCUCAGAGUCGGGAGAGGGGAAUCACCCUGGACCUCGGCUUCUCUUCCUUUUCCGUGCCCAUCCCGGAGCAUUUAACCGGCACUGGAUACAGGCAGCUGCAGUUCACUCUGGUAGAUUGCCCGGGCCAUGCAUCCCUCAUCAGGACGAUCAUAGGGGGUGCUCAGAUCAUCGAUCUGAUGAUGCUGGUAAUCGACGUGACAAAGGGGAUGCAGACGCAGUCCGCCGAAUGCCUGGUUAUCGGUCAAAUAGCCUGCCACAAAAUGGUCGUGGUCCUCAACAAAAUUGACUUGCUGCCGGAGAACAAGAGGCAGCCGGCUAUUGAGAAGAUGACCAAAAAGAUGCAGAAAACUCUGGAGAACACAAAGUUUGAGGGGUCUUUGAUCAUUCCUGUGGCAGCGAAGCCCGGGGGACCAGAGGCUUCCGAGUCUGUGCAGGCUCAAGGGAUAACCGGACUUAUAGAGGUCUUGAAGUCUCAAGCCUACCUUCCCCAGAGAGACCCCUCGGGGCCCUUUCUCAUGGCUGUUGACCACUGUUUCUCAAUCAAAGGUCAGGGCACGGUGAUGACAGGGACCAUCUUAUCUGGAUCCGUCAACGUCAAUGACAACGUGGAGAUCCCAGCACUGAAGGUCACCAAGAAAGUGAAAAGUAUGCAGAUGUUCCACAAACCCGUAAACGGAGCAAUUCAAGGAGACCGCCUCGGUAUCUGCGUCACCCAGUUUGAUCCUAAAUUACUGGAGCGAGGACUUGUCUGUACUCCAGAUUCUUUGCAAACUAUUCACGCAGCUAUAAUCUCUGUGAAUAAGAUCCCAUACUUUAAAGGAUCUCUUAACACCAAAGCCAAGUUCCAUAUCACUGUUGGCCAUGAAACCGUCAUGGGGAAAGUCAUGUUCUUCAGUCUUCCUCCUCCCCACUCCAAACAAAUGGAAUCCGAGAAGGGUUUUGAUUUUGGGAAAGAGUAUUUUUACCAAGAUUGUUAUGUCACCAAAGACACUAAGGUUCUGGACCAAGACAAGGUGGGUGGGCAACAAGGGGAGGAAGCACUGCCUACCCAACAAUGGGCCUUAGUGGAGUUUGAGAAACCGGUGACCUGUCCUAAGAUGUGCCUCGUCAUUGGGUCCAGACUCGACACUGACAUCCAUUCCAACACCUGCCGACUAGCAUUUCACGGGGUUUUGCUGGAAGGAGUGGAAGAUAAAUCGUACGCCGAGACUUUCCUCCCCAAGUUGAAAGUCUUCAAACUGAAGCACAAGGAAGGGCAGGUAGAAAGGAUUAAUGACGAUUACAGCGUGAUUGGACGUUCCUUAUUUAAAAAGGAGACGAAUAUCCAGCUGUUUGUUGGACUGAAGGUGAGACUUUCUACCGGAGAGGACGGGGUGAUCGAAGGAAGCUUCGGGCAGAGCGGCAAGUUUAAAAUCCGAAUUCCCAAUGGUCUGAAACCUGACACAAAGCAGAUCCUCGCCGUCCCUUCGAAGAAGAAGUCCAAAGCAAGCAAAGGGGACCCGGAGACUCCUAAGGAGGAGGAGAUCAAACAAGACGCCCAACCUGUUCUAAUCAACCUGACUUUCAGAAGAUACGUCUUCGACCCACAGAAGAAAAUGACUCAGUCUUAAUGUAUAAACGGGUUCCUAUACUGGAAUAUAUUUGUAGCUUGAUGGCCCAGGGACCGGCACAUUUAUCGUGAAGUUUGCUAUGGCAUAGAAAUGCACUGUAAUAGGUUAAAGGCCAAUAAAUUCAAAUGAGGACACGCUUCAGAUCUGUGAAACGGCAACCCCGGUGAAAUUGAUAUAUUUAUCCCAUGUUCAAAAUA